CCGGAAGUGCGAUGCGCAGGUGCGCCGCGCGCUGUCAGGCUCUGUGGCUCGCGGACGGCGAGGUUGCCGAGCCCGCUCCAGGCAGCGCGGGCGGUUCCCAGCCCCUCGGGCUCCGCGAUCGGGAGGGCAGCAUGGACGACAAGGAGUUAAUUGAAUACUUUAAGUCUCAGAUGAAAAAAGAUCCUGACAUGGCCUCAGCAGUGGCUGCCAUCCGGACUUUGCUGGAGUUCUUGAAGAGAGAUAAAGGGGAGACAAUCCAGGGCCUGAGAGCGAAUCUCACCAGUGCCAUAGAAACCCUGUGUGGUGUGGACUCCUCAGUAGCAGUGUCCUCUGGCGGGGAGCUCUUCCUUCGUUUCAUCAGCCUUACCUCGCUGGAAUACUCCGAUUACUCCAAAUGUAAAAAGAUAAUGAUUGAGCGGGGAGAACUUUUUCUCAGGAGAAUAUCACUGUCAAGAAGUAAAAUUGCAGAUCUGUGCCAUACUUUCAUCAAAGAUGGGGCGAGAAUAUUGACUCACGCCUACUCCAGAGUGGUCUUGAGAGUCCUGGAAGCAGCUGUGGCAGCCAAGAAGCGUUUCAGUGUAUACAUCACAGAGUCACAGCCUGAUUUAUCAGGUAAGAAAAUGGCCAAAGCCCUCUGCCACCUCAACGUCCCUGUCACCGUGGUGCUGGAUGCUGCUGUCGGCUAUAUCAUGGAGAAAGCAGAUCUUGUCAUAGUUGGUGCCGAAGGAGUUGUUGAAAACGGAGGAAUUAUUAACAAGAUUGGAACCAACCAGAUGGCUGUGUGUGCUAAAGCACAGAACAAACCUUUUUAUGUGGUUGCAGAAAGUUUCAAAUUUGUGCGUCUCUUUCCAUUAAACCAGCAAGACGUGCCAGAUAAGUUUAAGUACAAGGCAGAUACUCUGAAGUUCAUACAGACUGGACAGGAUCUCAAAGAGGAGCAUCCAUGGGUCGACUACACUGCCCCUUCCCUCAUCACCUUGCUGUUCACAGACCUGGGGGUGUUAACACCCUCAGCAGUCAGUGACGAACUCAUCAAGCUCUAUCUAUAACCAGUGUGCCCUUUCCUGCUGAAGUGAAGCUUCCACAAUGGAGGCAGGAUGAGUAACUGCCUGACCUUCCAGUGAACCAGGCCAAAACUGGAUUGUUUUUAAUGAAGAUUUAUGGACUAAGGAUUUAAAUUCAUAAAUCUUGGAAAAUCUUUCUUACUCAUUUCAGUCCCAUCUAUAAUACGUCCAUAGCUCUAAAACUCGACCUAAAUUGUGCUUACGGUUUUCAGAAACUUCCAUUUUCACUUUCCAGAAAUGCAAGUUAGAUUAUUGGCUACUUAAAUGAUGAAAGAUGUGCCCAAGUCCACCCCCUUUCAUCUUCCUCUGCACUCCAGGCUGACUUGCAGAAGCACCAGUGAGAGAGACAAGGCCAAAGGGAGGCGAUCCUAACACAGCCACAACCCCUCUGCAACAAAUGACUGACAGCUGGUCAGGACAUGCUACACGUGAUACCUUGUAAGAAAGGCAAGAAGCACUUGCUGGAUUUGCAUCAGCUUCCGGUGGCAAACAUGUCCCUCAACAGGAACAAGCCAAACAGAGUAAAAACUACCAGGAAAACACAAGGAAGGCAGAAACAGAAUCUGGCAGACCUGUCCUGCAUGGCUCACCAGUUAGGAAGAUAACUUCCAGAAUAUUUGUAAACUGAAAUUCUGUAUCUCUAAAAGAUGAGGAUUUCCUUUAAAUAUUUGGGUCCUAAACAGCUUUUUAAAAUUACUUACAGUAACAAUUCAGCAUCUUUUCAAAUAAAUUAUAUGAAA